CUGACAUUAUCAUUAUCAUGAUGGUCAUGUUCCCCGCCAUUUCUCUCUCAACGAACAUAACUGUCAAAACCAACAUAACAGUUUCCGCCACACCAACACCAAGAACCACAACAACUCAGAAAUUACACAAAACAACACCACCUCUUGGUUCAACCCUGAAAUCCCUUUGCAAAUUGGGAAAAUUGGAGGAGGCCCUUAGCGUUAUAGAAUCCUCAAAGCGCAAACCCAAUGAUGAAGACAUUGAAGUUUUCUCUCUCUUCCUCCAUGCCUGCAUCUCCACAAAGUCAUUGGAACAUGCCCAAAAGCUCCGUUCCCACAUUCUUCGCUCAAAACCGAGCCUUUUGCAGAACCCCACCCUGAAGAGCAAGCUCAUCACGCUCUUCUCCGUCUGCGGCCAACUCGACGAGGCUCGCCGUGUCUUCAAUGACCAAACCAGCGGUGAAGCCACUCCCUCGGAGCCAGUGUGGGUAGCCAUGGCAAUUGGGUACUCUAGAAACGGAUUUUCUACUGAAGUUCUGCUUCUGUAUAGUAAUAUGUUGUUGCAUUCUGUGAAGCCCGGAAAUUUCGCGUUUUCGGCGGCUCUUAAGGCCUGUGUGGAUACCUCUGAUGCUUUCUUGGGUAGAGCAAUCCAUGCCCAGAUUGUGAAGCAUGAUGAGGAAGCUGAUCAAGUUGUGAACAAUGCACUGCUGAAGUUCUAUGUGGAGUGUGGAGGGUGCUUCAAUGAGGCACUGAAGGUGUUUGAGGUAAUGCCUCAACGAAAUGUUGUGUCUUGGAACACGCUGAUUGCGGGUUUCGCUGGUCAAGGGAGAGUGUUUGAGAUGCUCGAUGCUUUUCGAGUUAUGCAGGGAGAGGCGAUGGGGUUCAGUUGGGUCACCCUUACAACGGUUCUUCCGGUUUGUGGUCAAGUUACUGCACUUCACAGUGGGAAGGAGAUACAUGGGCAAAUUGUGAAGUCUAAGAAGAGAGGUGAUGUUCCUUUACUUAACUCUCUUAUGGACAUGUAUGCCAAAUGUGGAGCAAUUGGUUAUUGUAGAAAAGUGUUUGACAGAAUGCAGAACAAGGACUUAACAUCAUGGAAUACAAUGCUUUCUGGGUAUUCAAUCAAUGGGCAAAUAGAUGAGGCAAUGGCUCUGUUUGAUGAAAUGAUAAGUAAUAACGUUAGGCCAGAUGGUAUCACCUUUGUUGCCUUGUUAUCUGGUUGUAGCCAUUCAGGACUUACAAGUGAGGGGAACAGGUUGUUUCAUGUGAUGCAAAAUUAUGGGGUGAAACCAUCUCUAGAACACUAUGCUUGUUUGGUAGAUAUGUUAGGUAGGUCAGGGAAAAUCCACGAGGGGUUAGCAGUGGCAGAAAGCCUUCCAAUGAAGCCUAGCGGAAGCAUAUGGGGAUCGUUGCUUAACUCGUGUCGGCUCUAUGGUAACGUUUCUCUCGCAGAAACUGUGGCCGAGCGGUUGUUUGAGAUUGAACCUAACAAUUCCGGAAACUAUGUGAUGUUGUCCAACAUAUAUGCAAACGCAGGGAUGUGGGAGGAGGUGAAGAGAGUUAGAGAAAUGAUGGCAAUGAGGGGAAUCAAGAAAGAUGCCGGAUGUAGUUGGAUACAAAUAAAGCAUAGAAUUCAUACCUUUGUCGCAGGAGGGAGCACCGAUUUUCGCAAUUCAGCUGAGUUUUGCAGAGUUUGGAGUGAGUUGUCAAAUGCUACAAAGAAAGUGGGAUAUGUCCCUGACACAGAAGUUGUUCUUCAUGAUAUUAAUGAAGAGAUGAAGACAAUGUGGGUUUGUGGACACAGUGAAAGGCUUGCAGCAGUGUAUGCACUCAUCAACACUGGUGAGGGAAUGCCAGUUAGGAUUACUAAGAACCUCAGAGUUUGUGUGGAUUGUCACUCAUGGAUGAAGGCAGUUUCAAGAGUUACAAGGAGAUUGAUUGUAUUGAGAGAUACAAAUAGGUUUCACCAUUUUGAAAAUGGUACUUGUUCUUGUAAGGACUACUGGUGAUGGAAAGUUACCAUAAUGGUUUUCUAUUA